UUUUGAUCUGGUAAAAGUUUUUCCUUCGUGGUUGAACGCAGAGAGAAGGCAGGGGGGUCACGUGACCUGCACUCAGGCUGCAGCAGUCGUCGUUUCUAAAGGAAGUGUUCGAACCACCGAAGGCUUCGUCUGACGCAGCAAAAUUAAGAUGUCGAGAUGUGGCUCCGGAAAGGAGAAAUGACACCGCUGUGAAGCCUUCUACCGAGGAAUCGUCAGGAGUUUGACCGUCGAAGCGGCACCAGCUUUCUGAAAGGUGGAAAAAGGCAGAGCGCCAUGGAGACUCCGGACCACAGCGGCGAGCUCGUGGAGGACCGGGUGCUGGUCAAAGAGGCGGAAAGGAAGAAAAUUCUAGUGCGGUUUCCUCCGUAUGGCGGCGAUGGUGACACUUGCCCGACGUGUCGAGGCACAGGACGAAUUCCCAGAGGCCAAGAGGAACAGCUGGUUGCUGUGAUACCGUGUAAUGAUGUGAGACUGAAACCCAGACACACGAAGCUGUACGUGCUUCUGGCCAUGGCUCUGUGCCUCUUCGUUUGCUGUCUGAUUCUGUUCUUCCUCUUCCCACGGAGCGUCAGCCUCACCCCCCUGUCUGUGCAGUCAGUGAUGGUCUACUUCACCCCUGACAACAUCAGCAUGGAUGUCACGAACCUCAUCAAGAUCUCCAAUGAGAACUACGUUCCAGUUCAGGUGGUGCAGUUUAACAUGCAGGGUCUGGUUAGUAAGACUGUGAUGGGAAAGACCAGCAUGACCAACAUGACCUCCAUCCAGCCCAGAUCCCAGAGAUCGGACGUCAUUAAACUCAACCUGCUGAUCACAGACAAAGGCUUAAACAACUACUGCAAGUCAUCCGCCAUCAAGAUUCACACUCUGUUCGUGGAGCUGCAAAUGACGAUGAACAUUUCCUAUCUGUCGCACAUGGAGCAGCUGUCUGUGGACACCUUUGAGUACAUCGACUGCGGCACCAAUUCCACCGUCCCACACCCAGUGAGAUGAUACACCGAGAACGCUGAAUUUGAUUCCAACCGCGUGUGUUUUGGAGUUUCCUGUACAGCCUAAACGCAUCACUACAGUGCCAAAAUGGGAGAAGAAAAAUGCUCCAAAUCCACUCAAAAACCAAGAUGACUAAUUUCUCUCUAAAUAUUCAGAUUCAUGUGUAAAAUUGCAAAGAAUUAUUUUCUUAAAUCUAUAUAAUUUUUUAAGUCCCUAUAGAUUAGCACAUUUUUAUGCAUUGAUGUCUGGGAAUAUUGCUGCUUUUUGCACUUUAAUGAACCGUGAAGCUUCAUGAAUAUUUUAAUUUACUGUGAACUGCUUUUAUUUGUUAUGUUUUAUACAUCAGUGAUACUGUCUUUCAAAGAGAGUCUUUAAAACAAAAACUAUCUAAAGAUAUGCCAUGUUUUUCCAGAGCCUGGAGGGAAACCUAUAAACAUUUUUUUUCUGUUUUGAGCCUGUUAUUUUAACAGGAGAUUUUUUUUAAAUAAAACUUGAAAAUAAAAGGGAAUUCAACAACACUGUUUAUAUGUUUUAAUUAAAUAUGUUUUAUAUAAAUGGCUUUGAUUUUAAAGCACUCUGCAGAAACAAUGUUUUGGCUCUUGUCCACAGUGCCUAUGUGUUUUUGACAAAUUUGAAAGUAUAAAUGUCAAAUAAAUGUUUGUAAUAAAAGGGCUAAACAAGUAA